AUACUUGUGAUUAAUAAGCUGGUUCAGGGACAGUGGGGGCUGAACAGGAAGAUAUGGGUGGUUUGGCUCAUGAGAAUAACGGGGAAAGGCCCAAGGCUCCAGUCAAAGCCCCAAUACCCUGAGAGGGGAAUAGGCCCCAGCUGUAUUUCAAGCCUCAGCCACAAAUGAAGUCACCUCCAAAGUCAGAUCCAAACCAAACCAUCAUCUCAACCUAGAUUUGACCUUAUCGCCAGCCUCCACAAGCACCACAAGUGCCAGCCUCAAUCUCAGCCCCAGUUCACCCCUAAAAGCAAUCUCAACACAGUGCAGGUCCGGCUCCAGUCCUGGGCCCAUCAUGGUGAAGGACUUUCAAGACAUCCAGCAGCUGGACUCUGAGGAAAAUGAUCACCAGCUGGAUAGAAGUGAGGGGCCACGCCCUCGCAGACACAAUCUCAGAAGAGAAAAUCCAUUUUGGGAAGGGACACCUCCCCCCCAGCCCUUCCUGCAGCGUUUCUGCUCCCGACCCCGCCUCAGUCUGCUCGCCCUGGGCUUCAAUGUCCUGCUGCUGGUGGUCAUCUGUAUGAUUGGGUCCCAAAGUGAGUAUGACAGUGGGGGCAGCGGCACACAGCUGCAGAUGGAGUUGCGGGCCCUCAAAGAAACUUUCAACAACUUCUCAGUGACCACCCUGACAGAGGUCCGGGCUCUCAAUUUCCAUGGAGUCAACGUAAGUGACAGGGUGACAUUUCUGGAAGCCAACCUGGAGAAACAGAACGAGGACCUGAAAUCAGAUCAUGCCAACUUGCUCCUUCACCUGAAGCAGUUCCCGGUUGAUCUGCGCAUCCUGGAGUGUCAUAUAACAUUCUUCCAGAGCAAUGGUAGGGGCACAAAAUGCUGCCCCGUUAACUGGAUGGAGCAUGACGGCAGCUGCUACUGGUUCUCUCGCUCUGGAAAAACCUGGUCUGAGGCUGACAAGUACUGCCAGCUGGAGGAUGCCCACUUGGUCGUCAUCAACUCCAAGGAGGAACAGCAAUUCAUUCUACAACACGCAAGCCCCUUUCAUACGUGGUUAGGACUCACCAGCACCGGGGGCUCCUGGAAGUGGGUAGAUGGCACCGACUAUGAGAAUGGCUACAAGAACUGGGCUUACACUCAGCCGGACAACUGGCAGGGGCGUGAGGUGGGAGGAAGUGAAGACUGUGUCGAAAUCCAGUCAAAUGGCCAAUGGAACGACGAUUUGUGCCUGCAGAUGCACCGCUGGGUGUGUGAGACCAGGAAGAACCACACCACUGGGAGCCUCUGACCACAAGUCUGGAACCUGUACCGCCCACUUUACCCUAUAACCCCUGCCCACUUCUCUACUGAGAGUUUGGAAGGAAGAAGAAUAGAUUCAGGGGAAUGGGGAGGGUCUGGGGGAAGAUGGGAGGUGGUGGUUAAGACCUCAGACCCUGGGGAGACUGUGACCCAUGUCCUUCCACAGUUUGUUGUAAUUAUGAAAAUUUUCAGCCCCUGCAAUGGAAUAGAAAAAGAAAACCAAAUCUUGAAACAUUAUAUGGCCUGGUUAUUUGGAACUGGGAGAUGUAGCUGCAGAAAACUGGGGAGGAGAGGGUCAGGAGAGACAAGGUUUGCGUCCAGACAUUGAAUGCCCUUGACACAGCGUGCUGGGAAGGAGCCUGCUGGGUGGGGCUAGAGGAUGGUCCAGACCCGAGGAUUCUUGAGAGAAGCAGCUGUCCCUGUAGUGGGGUUACCUCCAGAAGAGGUGGCAAGAAGCACCCUGGCUCCAGUCCUUCACUCCCAGCCUGGGAACUACAGGCAGGGUUGACAAAGUUCCCCUUGGCAAGGCCAGUGGGAAAUGUUUGCUAAGAGGAGGAUUGGUAAGACAGCCGCUUUCCCCCAUUUUCAGCCUCCUUUUGACCCAAAAUGGUUAUCUUCAACAUAGAAUGUCUCCAACAAUUUCUGCAUCGGGUAAACUCCAGAUUCCCAAAUUGUUCUG